AGACUCCUCCUACAGGGUGUGGCUCACUUAAAAUGGCGACUGGUGGUGUUCCCAUUGGUAGUCCCCUCCAGUUGCUCAGGGAGUUAUCCAGACACUCUAGCGAGUCUGAGUCCGGAAUGUGUCUCUCUGAGGAAAUUGAGCUACUCCAAAAUGUGUAUUUUGAUGAUCUUCAAGUCGUUUCUGAUGAAAACUCUUCCUUGUUGUUUCACAUCACCCCGAGUACCUGUGACGACAAAGACACUCAAUUUGUUUACUGUGAUCUGACUUUUAUCAUUGACAAUAAAAAUUAUCCUGGUGUGUCCCCAAACAUUGCAGUUACAAAGUCACGUGGAUUGUCAGAUGCUCAUAUUGAAAGUAUUGUUGAAGGUCUCUCACAUUUGUCAUUCAAAAAUUUAGGGUCUCCAAUGAUAUACGACUUAGUUGAAUAUGUCCGGGAUUGUUUAACUGAUAAUAAUCGUCCAUGUGGGAGGUGUCCUAUAUGUCAGUAUGACUUUCAGGAUGAUGAUCAGUUUGUACGAACUGAAUGUUAUCACUACUUUCAUCCUAACUGUCUCUCACGCUAUGUUGAUCUUCAUCUUGAGUCUCUAGCAAAGCAAAAGGAAGAGAGCAGCAAACUCAAAUAUAGACUUCCCUUCACUGAGACUCUUGCACAAAAACUAGAGUGUCCUGUGUGCAGAGUUGCUAUUAACAGCAAGGACCACUGCCUGUUGGCUAUAAAGGACAUUGAUGCAACUGAAUUGGAGAAUAACACUCUUUAUGACUACUCUUACCAUAAAGACCCCAAAUUGAUGGCAUGGCAGGAAGAGAUGGCACUAUUGUUUGAGAAACAGCAAAGGAAAGGAGGAAUCAUUGAUUUAUUGGCUCAAGAUGCUGUCAUUGAUGGAGAAUGGGUUAGUUCAACUGCAUCUGAAUCUCAACAAAAUGAGUCAUCACUGGUUGAUCCUGAUGAUUCUUUAUUAAAAAGUGCUCAUGAUGACAGCAAAAGCAAAUCACUAAAUCAUCAUUCAAAUGAAAGGAAAGGUCGAUUUAAGGGAGAAAGAUAUGUUCAUGGUAAUAAAGGAGGAAAGCAGCACAGAGAGGGAAGAGGAAGAGAAGGAGGAAGGCAACAAAAGUAUGGAGAAGGUCAAUGGGAGGAAAGAACUGGUAGUGGUGAAACAGGGAGUGGUGGACGGCACAACCAUUGGAAGAGAAGAGAGGACAGGAAGUGGAAAAAGGAAGGAGAGACUUUUGGGACAGGAAGAACUGAAAAUAAAGACCUAAGUCAAGACAUUGUAGUGCAUGAUCUGCUAGAAAAAGAAAGCAAAGCGCAAGAUGGCCAGGAGGGCCAGCAAGAAGGAAAGACUAGAUCGAGAAGGAAGGACAGGAGAUGGGAUCAUCAAAGAAAAGAUGGACCUUCAAUGAAAAGUGAAGGAGAGAAACCGGAUGAAAGAAAGACUAUCAUUAAACGACAAGCUCCCGAUAGAGAUAGCAAGAGUUGUGAUAAACAUGGUGAGCAUAGAGAACCACAAAAGGAAGGAUCCAUUUCUACUAAUAAAGCAGAAACUCAAACAGUUGUUAGUGUUGAAUCAAAUAGACAUAGAGGGGAUCAGCGAUGGAAGGGUGGUUAUGAAGGCAGACAAAACAGAAGGAAUUAUAGACAAGAUUUUUAUAGUGCUAGAAGACAAGGAUCUACCAAUGCUGGAGGGCAGAGUAAUCAUCAGGAGACUGAUAAAAGUGGUGAACAAAAGGAGGAAGUAAUGAAAUUAAAGCAAGAACACAAGGAGGAGCCAAGAUCAAAUAAAAUUGAAGAGGAUAACAAUUCAUAGGCCAAUCUUUUGAUCAUCUUGAUUUUAUUCAUUUAAUUUAUACUAAAUUGUUAUUUAUUAAUCAUUAGCCACAAAAUUUUAUCAUCAAAACAUCUAUGUACAAAAAUUACAAAUUUUCAGCAGAAAAGUAUUUAUUUAAUGUUUUGCAUUAUGACA